CUGUCGUUGUGUUCGCCUUCCCCGCCCUCUUCACUCUCUCUCACCCAUCUGCUUUGCCCCUUUCGGCAGAUCUGACGGCGAUGCAGCACAACCACCAGCAGGCCGACCAGCAGCAGGCCGACCAGCAGCAGGAGCAGCCCGACCAGAAUCAGGAACAGCAUCCCUUCGUGUACAUCUUUGUCGGCCGCCGCACCUUCUACCUUCUCAGCCUCAAUGACAUCUUGAGGCUGAGGAAGAUCUGCAGAUGGCUCCGAGAGCUCUUCAGAGCGCUUCAGCUGCGGCAGCGACUCAGCCAUUCGCUCUGCACACAGGCGGGGCUGCGGCGGACGGCCAGCGGACAGCAGCUCCUGACAUUCGACGAGCAGCAGAUGGGCGUGAGUGACCUGCUGGCGGCGCUGUGUGUGACGGAGGAGGGCGGCUGGAGAGAGAUGAGCGAGGCGGUCGAGCUGGCGGGGCAGUGCGGCCGCUGCCAGCUGCCUGUGAGGCUCACGGCGACCGAUCUGCACCGAUACCCAAACAAGACGGUACGCCAACCGAGGGAGGGAGGGAGGGAGGCAGAGACAAUGGCUCUCAAUGGGUGUGUCUGGGGUGUGUGUGCAGGCGUAUUUGGCCGAUCCCCGUGUGUUGGCUCAUCUCAAGAUGGUCGGCCCCCACAUCGACUUCGGCAACGGCGUGACCUUCCAGCUGUUCCACCACGGCAACACACUGCGGGCCAUCAAGGACCAAGAGGGCUUCGAACUGACCAUCGACCCGCCCCUUCCUCCCAACCACCCCUACCAGCAGCACCGACAGCAGCACGACCCGCCCGUCCGCAACAGGAUCACAUUUGUCCUGGCCUUGGGCUGGCACAUGAGUUUGUCCAGGCCUCGGGACUACUCAUCUGUGUCGUCGUAUGUCAAGAGCAUCGUCAUCGACCACUUCAGGGGGACUCACCAGAUCAACUUCACUAGGCGUACUAUCGACAGGUGAGGCGGGGCAUCACUCUGUGUGUACUUUGCCACGACAGACGAGUGUGUAUGUUAUGUGUGUGUCUGUCAGGAAUGUCGACAACAACCGGUUGGACACCAUCGUGAUACAGUCCCCCCACACACCAGUGGAGGGAUGCACCACCACUGCAUCAUACCGCUGCACUGACGGCUUUCGUCGUCGUCGUCUCAUCCUGACCGACGCCGGCCACCCGUUUGUCGCAUGGAUCUACAUCAUGGAAGCCUCCUUCCACAACUUCGGUCAGCCCAGCACGGCACAGCCCAUGCGCACAGACACAAAGCGCUCAUUCUCAACUGCUGUGCUCUCUUGUCAUUCUUUGCAGUGCAUGCAUGGGUCUGCACGACCGAGCCGGCUGUGUCUGGUGUGGGUGAUGCCUUCAAGGACCGCUUCCCUCAGACCACUCGGCUGGCGCGUGUGGUGUUGGGGGCCAUCAUCUCAGCCAUCCUGUUUGACCGAUAGACAGCUGAGGUGUGUUUGCAUCAAACACGACAGACACGAGCAGAUGAUGAGCACACGACGUACGCAAUGCUGUCUGUGCGCUUCCAUGUGUGUGUCAGGUUGGUCGAUGUGUGUCUGGUUGGUAUGGCCAGAUGGUGUGCUGACUCAACCACUGUCUCCUUCGGGGCUGCUAGGGGGUGGGCGGUCGAUCGACGGCCAUGGCGGUUUGAAUCAUAGCUUCGUUUUUCGCUAAUGACCCUUAGUUGCUGAUUACUUAAUUGUUGAUAAGUGACCCGUGUUGUUUCUGUCUGUGUUGCGGCCGCGAUGUUUUUAGUCUGUUACCGAGACCGGUCUUAGUCGUGGCAGGCGGGAUUCCUCAGUCGGUCGGUGGCGUUUUUGGUGUGUCUCUCUCUCUCAUUGACGCCCAUCCAUCCGCUCACACACGCGCCCCCAUUCAUGUUUGGCUCUCACUGCCAGACAUGAGAGGCUGUCUUCUCUUCUCUUCAUUCUCCUUGAAAACACACAGACAGACAUCUCAUAGAUAUCUCAUGCUUCCAUAUUCGAUUGUAUGUCUCCAUGGUAUGUGGGUGAGUGCCAACUAAUUAAGUGUUUGUGCAGAUGGCUGCGGGUUGAGUGAAAUGCCUACGGAUGUGUGAGAGAG